GUGAAAUGUAAUAUUCUUAAUAAUAUUUGCUCCCCAUUUGUUGCUCGCUUAUAAGGAUGGCAAGACAACUACAGGUACUUCGAUCUCCAGAUCUUUUCGCUCUCCUUGUCUCAUUGUCAGGAGCGUUUUCCUCCGGGGCGGCGAAGGAAUCAUGCAGGGAGCAAUGCACGCACUUCGUUUGCACGGGAAUGUUCUUAAGCGAGCUGUUCUCCAACACAUGCGGGUGAACGCAGCAAUGCUACCUACUGUGUUUCCACGCUUUGAGUCAGUUUCGUCGUCGUCGCCGUUGGAAGAGCAUGGAUUUGAAAGCACAACUAUCCUGGAUAUUCUUACAGCUAAAGGGAAGAAUGCUGAUGGCUCCUGGCUGUGGUGCACAACUGAUGACAGUGUUUAUGAUGCAGUGAAAUCUAUGACACAGCACAAUGUUGGAGCUUUAGUGGUGGUGAAACCAGGAGAGGAGAAGGCAAUUGCUGGAAUUGUUACUGAAAGAGAUUAUCUUCGGAAGAUCAUUGUUCAAGGAAGAUCUUCCAAGUCAACUAAAGUUGGUGACAUCAUGACUGAAGAGAAUAAACUGAUCACAGUGACUCCAAAUACGAAGGUUCUGCUGGCAAUGCAGCUGAUGACAGAGAAUCGUAUUAGGCACAUCCCAGUGGUAGACGAGAAAGGAAUGGUGGGCAUGGUCUCAAUUGGUGAUGUCGUUCGAGCUGUCGUGAGCGAGCAUCGUGAGGAGCUGAAGCGCCUCAAUGCUUUCAUACAAGGGGGGUAUUAGAGCAAGUAAUUUUCAAGCCUAAUAAUGGUAGUUAUGAUGGCGAUAAACUUAGUUUGCUUUGCUUUGAGCAGACCACAACCCAUGUACAGAGGUCCUUGUUUCUGGCUACUUGCAAAAGUUUAUGAAUAAAUAAUCUCUUUGGACA